CCACUACGUGCCGCUCUUCGUCGGCAGGAGCCGACCUGUGGCGGCCACCCCCUGCCGCCAAGGGGCGCUGCUUUCUGCUCCCCUCGGAGCCGUGGAGAAGGGCCGGAGAGGCUGCUGGGAGCCGCCAUUUUCUCGGCGUGUGCUGGCUGUGGGGCUCUGCCGGUAGCCGGUGAUGGAAAGGACGGGGGAUGAGACGCGGAAAUAAGACAGGAGAGCCCUGCUUAUGAAGAGAUGACGUGUAAUGGCCCAGACAACUCAGAAGCUUCUGCCACUUCAGACACUGACAGUGACCAGGAAUGGGCACAGGAACACUACCGACUAGGAACUUUUGUUGAAUUUCCACUUGACUGUCCAGUUUCAGCAUCAGCACUAGCACGAGCUGGCUUUGUUUAUACCGGAGAAGGUGACAAAGUGAAGUGCUUCAAUUGCCAUACAACUAUUGAAGGAUGGUUGCCUGGGGAUUCUGCAGUUGAGAGGCACAAAAACCUUUCUCCAAACUGCAAAUUUAUUACUGAGUCUACUUUUCUGGAAAAUAACAUACCUCCUGUCACCCAGAACUACCAGCACAGAACUGAAAAUGGUUCCAGCAGUUCAGCCCUCCCAUGUACUUUGGAUGACUCUUCUGAUGUGGAGGCAGAUUACCUUUUGAGAACUAGGCAGGUUGUGGAUAUGUCAGAUAGUUUGUAUCCUAAAAACCCCACUAUGUGCAGUGAAGAGUCAAGAUUAAAUUCUUUUCACAACUGGCCUCUCAACAGCCAGUUGACACCAGAGGAAUUAGCUAAUGCUGGAUUUUAUUAUACAGGUGUUGGUGAUGAAGUGGCAUGUUUUUGUUGUGGUGGAAAGCUGGAACAGUGGGAACCCGGUGACAUAGCUUGGUCAGAACACAAGAGGCAUUUUCCCAAAUGUCUUUUUGUCCUGGGCCGGGAAGUUGGAAAUGUUCCAAGUGAAUCCGUUCCUGCUGAGCUUGGGAGAAGUGGUCUGAACAAUGCACAGCAUCCAAGGAAUCCAUCUAUGGCAAAAUUUGGAAGACGUUUACAAACGUUUUUGACUUGGAUAUAUCCUGUUGACAAGGAACAACUUGCUGAAGCUGGAUUCUAUAGCAUAGGUAAUGGUGAUCAUGUUGUGUGUUUCCAUUGUGGUGGAGGAUUGCAAGAGUGGAAGGAAAAUGAAGACCCAUGGGAUCAACAUGCCAAAUGGUUUCCUGGGUGCAGCUUUGUAAGAAAUGAAAAGGGGAUAGAAUUUAUAAAUAAUGUUCACUUAAGAGAUGGAUCUAGGGAUUCAACAACAGAAGCUGCUGAAGGGACAACACUUCCUAGAGAUGAUCUCUUACAGAAUCCUUUGGUACAAAGUGCCAUAGACAUGGGUUUCAGUUUGAAUGAGAUUAGGAACACCAUGGAAAAGAAAUUGCAGAUGUCUGGAGAAAGUCACACAUCUGUUGAGGAUCUGGUAGCAGACUUAAGUGCUCAGAAAGAAAACACAAGGGAAGAAGAAACAAAUGAAAUCCCAGUUCAGCAGGAUGAGCUUAUUCAAUUGCAAAACCUCUAUCUCAGUACUGAGGAGAAGUUAAGACGCUUGCAGGAAGAAAAGCUUUGCAAAAUCUGUAUGGCUAAAGAUAUAUCAGUUGUCCUCAUUCCCUGUGGUCACUUAGUUGCCUGUAAGGAAUGUGCUGAACCAUUUGAUGACUGUCCUCUGUGUCGAACAAAUAUUAUGAAAAAACAGGAAGUUUUUAUGUACUAGUGAACUGUAUGGCACUGUGGAGGCAAACGUUUCCUUCUUUACUGUAAUCAUGUGGCAGCAUUUGGAUUUUUCUGCUGUCAAACUUGACAUACGGUUUAACGUUUUCCAAAAGAUUUUCCUCAGCUGAUUUUUUUUUUUUUUUGUAUGCAGAAAAUCAGCAUAGAAAGGCAAAUAUGUACAUUCUGUAACUUCAGUUCAUAGACCUGAUCUGGGAAAGCCCAAGUAAUGCAAAGCUCUAUUUAUGUGAUCAUUCCUUUGCUUCACCUUGGUAGGAUUCCGUACAACUGAGGUUUAUGCAAAUACAGUUGUAUAGUCUGGCCCUAAAUAUAAUCUGUAAAUAAGUGAGGUUAAAUUAUUAUAUACAUGUACAUUGUAUCUGAGAUUUUAGCUUCUCAAAGAUGUUAUGUAAAUUCUCUUAUUUCUGUACUUUUGCUUGUGACAUAAUUCAGAGAAUGUGUAAACCCGCUGCCUCGAUGUUUCACUUUGUUUGCUAGUGCUACUCUGUAAGUUUGUAAGUCCUGAUAUAUGAACCCUAUCUUCCCAUUUAUUUUUUCUGGCUUCAGUAAACUAGUUUUAUCGGUCCAUUUUGCACAUAAAAUCCCUCUGCAUAUAAAAUGCACAUUAAUUUCAUUCCUUUAAAAGAGAACUCAAGAGAAAUUAGAUUUUGCAUACCUUGUGAAAGGAGCAGUCUCAUUUUAAAAUUGCCCUCUACACAGGGAAGUGUUCAUUGUUUGAGUUCUUUUUCUUGUGUUUUUGUAACAUUCAGAAUUAUCCCAAUCAUUUAUGUGCUACUACUUUUGCAGUCUAAGAUUCAAUUAUGUCCCUAUGAAUAUGC